UGGUCUGACGACUGGUGUUUACCGCAUCGAUUCUCAAGUGGCUCGCACCUCGAGUGUGGUACACCUCUAGCAAACGUGGUGUUCAAGGCCUUCCGGUCAUGUCGGAGACAUCGACGCCUGGUGGUCCCCACUCCGUAGGACCGGGCGUGACCGCCACCGGCCCGCCGCUGUCGGCUGACCCCCCUCUGCCGACGCUGCACGCCGCUCUGCAGGCCGGCCAGCCGGAGGAUGUGGGGCGUCUGCUGCGGCUCGCCCCGGGGGCCGGCGUCAACGCCAGGGACUCACUGGGACGCACGCCGCUCAUGCUGGCCGUGGAGGCCGACUCGCCCGAGGCCGUGGAGCUGCUGCUGGCGCACGGUGCCGAGCCCAACGAGGCCAACCAUUUCGGCCUGUCGGUGCUGUACCUGGCGGCCAGUACGGGCCGGCUGGCAUGCUGCGAGCGGCUGCUGCGCGGCGGCGCGCUCGUCAACGCCUUCACCCUGCGGCUGCGGCGCACGGCGCUGCACAUAGCCUGCGCCGAGGGCGAUCAGCACACUGUGGAGCUGCUACUGCGCUUCGGCGCCGACGCCAACGUCAUCGACUACGGCCACCGGGCGCCGCUGCAUCUGGCGGCGGCCGGCGGCUUCGCAUGCUGCGUACAGCUACUGGUGCGCCAUGGGGCGCGCGUCAACGCGCUCGAUCUGACCGGCGCCACGCCGCUGAGCCUGGCGCGUGGCGACGCCUGCCUACGCGAGCUGGUGGAGGUGGGCGCGGCGCUGAGUCCGGCCGGCUUCCGGUGUCUCGUGCGUGAGAGUCCCACCACGCUGAUGCAUAUCCUGGACCUGGGCGUGAAGCCUGCCGAAGAAGGCGGCGUGCAGAUCUCCUACAAACCACUUCGUGACUAUUGGCAUUGGCUGCCCCUUCGAAACCGACUUUGUACAAGAGACGAUGAACACCGGCUGCUGGGAGCUGCUUGGACACCCCGUCAUGGAGGUGCUCCUCGAACUGACGAGGCAGGAAGUGUUUUGGCUAGUGCGUUGUCAGACUGGUGACCUGUGUCUUGUUCCUCGUCGCCUUGUCCAGUCUGA